AAUUUGGUGACACUGGUCUCUAAGCGUACUCACUAGAAAUCACGUUUUGCAGCCCGCGGGAAAGUGAUUAUUGACCGUGUUUUUUAUACUUAAAAAAUAACUGUGUUAUUAAUUAAUACUAAUUUAUAUAGCGUAGUUUCUCUCCAAGAUGAGCAGUUUCUAUUCUCCUAUGAAAUGUAUAUCUCCCAAUGCAAGAAUUUUAACACCAAAGCCUCAGGUGCAACAGCUCUUGGAUUUGAGGCUAACACAAAACAAAGCUCGUGAUAGUAUUACAUGGUUUUGUGUUAAUAUAUUGUUACUGAGUAUUGUGUUGUAUGAUGUAAUGUGUGAUGGAACUGUAUACAAGCCAAUUUACUGGCUCGAGUGGUGUUUAGCAUCUAUACUUACAAUAAAUGCUUUCUAUCAUAUUAUGAGAUAUAUAUGGGCCACCAUGAGAUUGCAACCAAUUGUACUGAAACCUAAACAGAAGCGACUUUUAGGAGUUUCAGAGGAUGAGCCCUUGUUUAAAAAUGAAGUGGUUCAGCAGCAGAAGUCUUCAGAGACAAGUCCCUCGCUAAAUUUAUCCUGUAUAAAUCUCAGACGCACAAUACCUCUUGCAUCUUCAGUUUUGAGUGAAAUUAGUAUGCAAAAGGAUUACUCGACGUCAUCAGUUUUUAAGUACAACAGUCCUGUAUCUCCUAAAUCACCUGUAAGCUCUAAUGGAUCACUUAGUAAAUCUAUGAGCAUAUCUUUGAAUGGUAGUCUUACAAAUGAAGACCUUAUUCGAGAUGAAUGUGAACUGGAAAGUUACCUUGAAGAGGUUGAACAGCAAAGAAAAUGUAUGCUGCCCACAAAUGUCGAUCAGCCUUCAAAUCUUUUAAGUUCCUUCUGGUCUCAUCCUGCUGUUCGAAGACCUGGUGAAGUAUCACCAUUGUUAAGAAGAUGUGCUUAUCAACUUGCACCUACUAUAGAUAAAACAAAGGCAACUAGUCCUGGUGCUGAAGAGGGUAGUUCUCCUAGAGGCACAUUUGGUGCAAUGAAUGUAUGGAGAAAAUACAGAAUUGAUCAGAAAAAGGUUGACGAAUGGAUUGCCUUUCUUCGCAUGUGGAUUAGCAGAACAAUCGUGGAACGUGUAGCUUUGGAGAUAGAUAAUAUAUGCGUGGCAUUAAUACGCCAUGGUCUAAGCGACUCGCAACCAGGACACGUGGGACUGGAUAGACUCAGGAAGCUCGCACAAGCACCGUUCUUGGUCUCCGCGAUUCCUACUCUGCCAACGUUAGUUCCCUUCUUGGAACUCUGUAACAACCAAGAAUAUCUUGUGAAAAGAAUAAAGACACUUGCUAAUGGAGGAUGUAUGAGCGAAUUUAAGUGGAAUGGAGGGGGUUCUCAUAACGGCAAGGAAUGGGACUCUAGUUUGCCGACUGAUUCUGCGAUAAUAAUGCAUUUGAUCUCGACAUAUAUGGACACGCAAUUGGAAGCACCGUUGGAUCAACCAGACGCUAGACCGUUCACUUCAAGAUACAUGGCGAGAUCUGGAAUGGAAUUGCCGCGAAACAAAGGUCCGAUCAUUGUCUGUCAGUCUGUGAAUCCUCCGCAUUACAAUCUUGCAUUGUCCGGUGAUUCACUUUUGAGCGAUUACGAAGAAAUACAACGGGGACGUAAUAAUCUGUUCCAUACGCUCUUACUUUUCCUAUACAUAGUCAAAACACGAGAUCACGGUAUGCUAGGCAGAGUUAAUGCCGGAACAUCCGGCAUCAAUAUACUGUGGGUGAUAGAUGGCUAAAAAAAGUCUUAUCCUACUUAGAGAAAAAAUAAAAUGUAAUUGACUUCCUGAUAAAAUGCGAUUGACAUCCUGAACGCCCAGGAUUACUCUUAAUGCGAUACCUUGACUGAUCUUUUGUAUCUUUGAUAUGUACCGUUCGUCGAUUUAACAAUUGCAGUCAAGAAAAACAUUAAGAGCCGUGGCACACAAAAAAACAAACAGUAAGAAAAUUGACCAAUUACAAUCGAUUAUUCUCGGACCAUAAGAAGAAUCAUCAACUGUUGGUCAAUUUAUUUACUGUUUAAGUUGUUCUGUGUAUUCCUGGCCUUAUAGAUAGAUAGGUUUAUUUAUACGGAGAAAAGAUGCGGAAACUGCGUUAUGCAACGAAUACUCGAAUAAGUGUCAUGAACUUUUUUAUUCAUAUAUUUGCGGUUAUGUACAAAGAGAUCGGAAAUUAUGGAUUCAUGACGGUUAUAAAUUUUUCACUUGCGAGAAAACUAUCAGCACAUAUAACUUUUUGUAUAUAUAUAUGAUGCGUACGUCCGCUUUUCGAGACUGAUGAGAACUGUUAUCAACAAUGGUUGUAUUGUAAAAUAUAUAUAUGUAUUAUAUGUACUUGGUAUGUAUGUAUACCAUUUUUAUACAUUAUCAAGAUGAAAAACACACAUCCCGGUGGUAACCUCCGGUAAUAACUUUGCAAGCUCGUAAGUGUGGAAAAUAAUACACAGCAGUCAGACAUUCUGUUCUGUUCUAUGUGGCAUCAGACAUUCAAGUUCUCGCGUUUAUAUCGCUGUAUUACAAAAUGAUAUCAGACAUUCAAGGUCUCGAUUAUAUCAGUGUACUACAAGAUCACAUUCGGAUAAUUUGAUCAUUACCUCAAUCAUUUUACACAUAUUGUAAGAUAUUGCAUUUCUUCUCACGUCCAACUACACAGAAAGAAAAUGUGAGAUGUGUUGAAAUCUCCAAGUGUCAUCACCAUUAUUGCCGUCAUUGAGACACAUAUCCGAUAUAAAAAGAAAAGUAAGUUUUUCAUCACGAGGUUCUAUAAUUUAUUGUAUUAUCUUUGGGUUAUAAUGCAUUGUAAAAUUACAAAUGAUUCCUUUCUCUCGCAAAUGGAACCGAUGUGUAUGUACAAUAAGUUGAUACAAUAAAGUUUGAUAAACUCAAAUACCGUGAACCACCGACAUAUAAGAUUAGAAUGAAUAUUUAUGCAACAGAAUCUAAAUACGAAAUCAUACCUUGCUAUAUAUUGUAACAAUGUUUAUGUUAAACAUCUAUACAUUUAACUGAUAGUCAUAAUAAUCUUAAAAACUGUUACACAUAGCGCAGUAAAUCAUUAUUGCAAUUGCGGGUAGUCCAGGAUUAGCUUAAUUUUUAAAUUUACUAUAUUCGGACUUUUUUGCGGGAUCUUUGCACGUAUUAUAUAUUAUUUGUUCAGCAGAAAAAGAUUGAGAAGUCAGUAGCUCUUUAUAUGUGCAAGCAUAUAAGAGUAAACAAUAGUCCCUGGAUAUAAAUUAAACCCAGGAUGUCGAUGUUGCAAUAUCACUUAAUACAUUCUUCAUGCAAGAUUAAAAAUUAAAGCAAUAAGCACAUUAUUUUUUUUUUCUUGUUUUUUGGAAUGGGAAUACCAAUCAUGAUAAUUCUUUAUAAUGUCAGAUUCUUGAAUCAUUCAUAUUAUUACUCCAUGUUGUAAGUAAGGUACGACCUUGCGUGUGGCAAAAUUUAUAUAUAUAAAAAAAGACAAUAAGCAAUGACGUUAAUAGAUUUAUGGCUCUCAGUAGAUUCGCGAACGUACCUCUCGCACUGGAUGUCCGUUAAAGUGGAGAAAAAAGAAAAGAAUGGAAGAACAAAA